UCCGCCCCUGCUGCUGCAACGGAUCUUCAAUCUCUGAAAUCAGUUUAAUUUUGUGGUCUUUGAAGGAUAGAAAGUGUAGAAAAAUCUGAUUGCUUGAGAUAAUUGUGUUAUACAAAGAUAAUUCUUCUCAUAAACCCUUUCUCUCCCUUUCUUCAAUCCCUAAUUCUAAACUCCUUUAAAUUUUCUUCUUUAUCAGAUAUCAAAUGGAUAUCUCCGACGACGACGACGACUCCGACGCCAGAGGAGGUUCCCCGCACCUAGUUUAUCCUUCGCUUAAGAUCGUCCCCAAAUCUGCUUUUCCAGAAGACGCCACUCUCGCAACGACCUCCUCCUCCCCGGCGGCGGCUACUUCCGGAGUUAUAACGAAGCGGUCGAGGAAAGACGACGGAAAAGUACGGCGACUCAGGAUGCCAGCUCUUUGCGCCGCUAGGCUUUUUCAGUUAACCGGAGAGCUCGGUCAUAAAUCCGACGGCGAAACCAUCGAGUGGCUUCUCCAGCAAGCUGAGCCAGCGCUUGUCGCCGCUACUGGCACCGGCAGCAUCCCGGCGAACUACUCCUCUCUAAAUGUCUCCCUCCGGAGCAGCGGAUCGACCCUCUCCGCGCCGCCGUCGUCGAAGUCGGUGCCUCUCUACGGCGCUCCCGCAGCGUCCGGUGAUCUCACACCGCCGAUUUUAGGGUUUCAGAGACCGAGUAGUCUCAUCAGCGAAGUGACUAAGGAGCCUGGUCCCGAGAAGAGUAGCAAGAACAAGCUAGUUUUGGAACUGGACAUAGGCGGUGAUAAGUCCAUGCAGAAGAAGGUCAUGAAGAAACUUGCUGCACUCAGUGGAAUCAAUUAUAUAUCCCUGGAUCCGGAGACAGGCACCUUUACCAUUAAAGGAGACAUUGAAUUAAAUACGGUACUAGAAAAGGUGGAAAGGUAUUGCAGUUGCAAAAGAGUGGUCGAGCCAAAGAAAAAAGAUCAACAGAGUGUUUUGCAAGGGGAGGUUUCUAUGGGAGAGGCACUCACUAGUGAGCAAAUUCUGCGAUCAACCGCAGGUUCAGGCGACUCAUGCUCAGGGAUCAACAUUCCAGUCGUUCCAGGAAAAUCCAUCAUCACACCUUCUAACGUGAGGAACCUAGAUGAUGCUUGGUACUCCUUCUGUGAUUUCCUUGACCAACGCAUGCGUCCAUUGACUCUCUCUGGGUACACAGCCAAAGACGCCAUUGAUUUUCUCUCCACGCGGCAGACUUCAGGAAACACAGAGGCCCUUGUUCGCCGCCUCAGUGCUGCAUGUGAGGCAUUCGGCAUAACAACAAAGGAAAAUCCUUUCCGCAGCUUAGCUGUAAUAACAUACUUGAAGGAGACGAGGGCGAUUACUCGAGAAGCAGACGGCGUAUUAGUUUUUUCGUGCAAUGACAACCUUGAUGAGGACGAGACACAUUUAAUUGAAGCCAUCUCGAAAGAGUUACACGAGCAAGGGGUCACUCCUUUGACAUAUAAUCUAUAUCAGAGAGACCUAGAUGGGGACAUGCUUUACAGAUCCAGUGUUGGUAUUAUGGUAGUUUCAAAUAGUUUUGCUUUUAGUAGUCAGUCUCUGGAUCUUUUGGUGGCAAUCAUGGAAUUUUGUAAAGCAAAACGCCUUGUUAUUAUUCCUGUAUAUCUCAAGGUAACACCUUCUGACAUUUGUGAAUGGGAAGACCGUUUUGAACAAGUACUUCCGUCGUAUUUAAAUUCUAUCCAGGCAGACAGAAUCCAGAAAUGGAAGGAGGCUCUGACUGAUGUGGCAUCCAUUGAUGGACAUCAAUGGUCAGAAGGGAGUCAGUUUAUGCUUGCCAAGAAAGUUGUAAGGAACGCAUGCUUCAGGCUACAUUUGAAAAGCAGCAAGAACCUGGUCAGAAUCUUAGCAUUGUUAAAUCACCCCCAGCCUUUAGAGGCGGAAAUUGAGGGAAUCUGGGGCAUGGCAGGAAUAGGGAAGACAUCCAUUGCUAGAGAAAUUUUUGAAUUACUAGCUCCACAAUAUGAUUUGUGCUACUUUCUGCAAGACUUUCAUCGUAUGUGUAAGAGCAAAGGGUUGAGGCAAAUACGUGAUGAUUUCCUCUCUAAAGUAUUUAGAGAAGAAGAACUAUGUCUAGGCGCUUGUGAUACAAAACCGAGUUUCAUGAGGGACUGGUUCCUGAAUAGAGAGAUUCUCGUUGUUCUCGAUGACGUGAGUAAUGCAAGAGAUGCAGAAUAUGUAUUUGGAGGGUUUAGCUGGUUUUCUCGUGGGCAUCGAAUCAUUUUAACCUCUAGGAGUAAACAAGUUCUUGUGCAGUGUAAGGUUAAAGAGCCAUACGAGAUUCAAAAGUUAUCCGAUUUUGAAUCUUUCCGUCUCUGCAAACAGUAUUUAAAAGAAGAAAGUGCCAUCAUGUCCGAGCUAAUGAGCUGCAGUAGCGGUAUACCACUGGCUCUCAAGAGUUUUGUUUCCUCUGUAUCGAAGCAGCAUAUGAACGAUAUGAAGAAACAUCUCCAAAGCUUGCGGAUAAACCCUCCAACCAAGAUUCAGGAGGCAUUUCGGAGAAGCUUUGAUGGACUAGACGAAAACGGAAAGAACAUAUUUUUGGACCUUGCAUGUUUUUUCAGAGGGGAGAACAAAGAGCAUGUGGUGCAGUUACUUGAUGCUUGCGGUUUUUUUACAUAUCUUGGAAUUUGUGAUCUCAUUGACGAGUCUCUCAUUAGCCUUCUGGACAAUAAAAUAGAAAUCCCUAUUCCUUUUCAAGAUAUUGCUCGAUUUAUUGUUCGUGAAGAAGACAUGGAUCCAUGUGAACGUAGCAGAUUGUGGGACUCUAACGACAUCAUUGAUGUAUUGACAAACAAUUCAGGAACAGAAGCGAUUGAGGGAAUCUUCCUGGAUGCGUCUGACUUGACCUGUGAAUUAAGUCCAACUGUGUUUAGUAACAUGUACAGACUUAGAUUGUUGAAGUUUUAUUGUUCCAACACCUCUGGGAACCAGUGCAAGCAAAGUCUACCACAAGGCCUCGACACUUUACCUGAUGAGCUAAGGCUACUUCACUGGGAGCAUUACCCUUUAGGAUACUUGCCUCAGAAAUUUAGUCCGGAGAACCUUGUAGAGAUAAACAUGCCGUAUAGCAACAUUGAGAAGUUAUGGGAAGGGAAGAAAAAUCUCGAGAAGCUAAAGAAAAUCAAACUGAGUCACUCCAGAAAAUUAACUGAUGUCCUGACGUUAUCAGAAGCCAUGAACCUCGAACAUAUUGAUUUCGAAGGGUGUACGAGUCUGAUUGACGUUAGCACAUCUAUUACUCAUCUUGGGAAGCUUGUUUCGUUGAAUAUGAAAGACUGUUGUCAAUUGCGAAGACUGCCUUCCAUGGUCGAUCUAACUUCUCUCAAGGUUGUUAAUUUGUCUGGCUGCUCAGGGCUUGAGGAUAUUCAGGAUUUUUCACCAAACCUGGAAGAGCUAUAUCUGGCUGGGACUGCCAUAAGGGAACUUCCAUUUUCAGUCGAGAAUCUUACUGAACUUAGUACGCUGGAUCUGGAGAACUGCGUAAGGCUUCAGAAACUGCCAUCCGGAGUAAGGAACUCGAGAUCUAUUGUCAAUCUUAAGCUGUCUGGCUGCACAAGUCUUGAGCUUGGGAAGCGGAAAAGGUGAGUUUGGAAGGGUGAGUUUGGAAGGGUGAAUUUGUAAAAGAAAGUCUGUAACAUAACUGAAGCAGUGAAUUUCCUAAGCCACAAUAGCCAUAUCCUUAAGUAACUUAUGCCUAUAAAUAAGGCUAUUGGGUCUCCAAGCUUUGUACGCCUCAAUCCAUGUGGUAAAUGAAACAUGUUUUGCCU